AUGGGGGACAGCGAGACUCACGCCGUGUCUUCUUUGCCUUUCUGUGUCUCACACCGCCUUGCUCCCCCUCCACUCAGGUCAAACUGGCUGAAGCCAUGCUGUGGACGAAGGGCAGCGCUGUGGCAGGUCUGUCUGCUGUCGGCAGGCUUCAACUGCUUCCUAGUGGCCUGUGUCAUUCUGGUGGUGGUGCUGCUGCUGCUGGAGCUGCUCAUAGACACCAAGCUGUUACAGUUUAAUAAUGCAUUCCAGUUUGCCAGCAUCAUCCACUGGAUCAGCCUGGCCAUUCUUUCUGUGUUCUUCACUGAGACCGUGUUCAGGAUCGUGGUGUUGGGGAUAUGGGAUUACAUCGAGAACAAAGUAGAGGUGUUUGAUGGAGCUGUCAUCGUACUCUCUCUGGCCCCCAUGGUGGCCUCCACAGUGGCCAAUGGCCCCAGCAGCCCCUGGGAUGCUAUCGGUCUCAUCGUUACGCUGCGGAUCUGGAGGGUUAAGAGGAUCAUUGACGCCUAUGUCCUGCAAGUAAAGGUGGAAAUGGAGCUGGAGAUCCAACAGUAUGAGAAGGCCAAGGCUGUGAGGGAGGAACAGCUUGAUCGACUCACCCAGAUCUGCCAAGAACAGGCCUUUGAAAUCAGGCAGCUCAGGGCCCACCUGGCUCAGCAGGACCUGGAUCUUGUUGCCGAGCGUGAAGCAGCCAUGCAGAUCCACCAUGUGUGGGGUAAACAGAGCAGCAGUUUCCAGGAGGUGGACGGUCUGGCCCCUGGGGCCUCUGAGCAUCACAGGCCAAACAAAGUUAGAGAGCCUGGGGGUGCUGCAGAUCAUCAUGGUCAAGAUGACAUGAACAACUAUAUCAGCCAGUACUACAGUGAGCCAAGCAGUGACACAGGGAUCCCAGACCCAGCGCGAGUCAUUACAACAGCAGCCAUAGAUGUGCACCUGCCUAACAACCCGAGUCAGCUACCGCCCUCUUUGGUAAGCGCCGAAGCGGUGCCGUCCAGCCGUUUGCAGCGCACAGGCAGCUCGGUCAGCGAAGCCUCCACAACCACAGUGUCCCGCGCCAGCUUCAGCACCCGUCAGCACAGCAUCAGCAGCCACACACUUGGCUCCACCAUGGACUGCAGCUCCACGGUGCGCGAGGCCUCCACGUCCACAGACUACAGCGACCAACGUUGCUACCCUCCGCCCUACAGCAGCCCUCUGGCUCUGGGCACUCAGCCGAGAGGGAGCCCCAGCGCUGUGGUGCAGGAGUUGCUCUCUUCUCUGUCUGAGGACUCAUGUCUCACACAAAAGGGCCUCGACCCCGUCAACCUGAAACCACCCAGCCCAACAGGUUCCACAAAAACCAGCCCCGAGCUGGAACACAGGGUCAACAUCUACAACAAGAGGAACCAGGAGAGCCGAGUCGGACUCAACUCCAAGACAGUCAUCCAUCUGCAGGGUAACGAGCCUCUCCUAGAGGAGAAGUAUAGGAUGAUGGGGCCAGUAGAUACUCAAAUCAACCGUCUAUCAGAGACAUAAGAGCCUGUAAAAUGUAUAACUUCACAGGACUCGCUCUUUAUUUCAGCCACAAAAAUUAUUGCUCUACUAAAUUCCCAAACUUCGCUGCUGGGAGUCACUGGCACAUAAACUGUAUGUCUGACAUCCUCUUUGUACUACUGGAGCUGAGAGGAUGAACCCGUGGGAGCAGCACAAACAAAGGGCAUGGAUGAGAGAGGGAAGCAGAUUUGUUAUCAGGCAACACUUAUCAGGAAUUGAGACUCAUAAAAACACUUUUACUAAAAGAAACCAGCAACGGGGCUUUUGUCCAAAACUGAAAAUCACUUUUGAUACAUUAAAGUCUGAUUUCUAGGAAAUGAAACCAGUGAGAGGAUGGUGCUGAGGGCUUAGUUCCUCUGAUACACUUUGUAGAUGUGGAGAUAAUGGUGUAGGGACUGAUUUGAGAUAUAAAGUGAAAGUUUCUUUCUGAGUGUAAUAUGUAUAUGAGCCGUUUUGUCUGUCUAGAAUCUCCAAACUCAUAAAGAAAAGUCCUCUUUGAUGGACUGCUGCAGGGUACCAUUGGAUCUUCUUUCUAAUCCGUUUCUAUAUUUGCGUUAACAUUUUUAAUCUAAAUUCUGUGAGUGAAGAGAGUGCAGAAUCCUUUUGAUUGAUGGAUGAUUCGUGUUGAGUUUUUAUCCAGAUGCCAUGACUGGAAACCGACCAAACCCAGCUGAGUCAAUGUCUGAGAUUUUGCAAACUAUGGCAUGACCAUCACUCGACAAGCUAACUGAAAAACCUACCUACACAUGACAUAUUUCACACAAUUCAGGUCCAUCUUUUUUUCUUUGUAUUACUUUAAUGUUUGGAAGUUGUGUAAAUAUUUCAGAUUGGGUUUGGUCAUCUAGUCGCAGCUCAAAAACAGCGAGGGACUCGAAAGCUAGAAUAAAAUGCUGAAGAGGACAGAAUAGCAUGAACCUCUCAGAUUUGCCACCAUAUUGCAAAGUCUGUUUAUUGUUCUGUCAACAGGUACUUUCUAUCUUGAUCAUGGAAAGACAUCAUUGCAAAAAGAACCCAAUAAAGUGAAAAACAUGGCAAGUUAA